AUGAGCGACGUCUCCUUCACAUUCUUCGCCCAUCCGUCCGCCACAGCCCUGCACGAUGCCUGGAAGCGCAGCAUCGCCGAGCUGCUCUCCACGGAGGACCAGAGCCAGGGCCUCAUCACCGUGCUCGCGCGCCCAUUCGAAGACAUGAGCGGCGCCGAAGCCGCCUUCGACUGCCUCGUCUCCCCCGCGAACUCGUACGGGAUCAUGGACGGCGGGAUCGACAUGUACAUCUCGCGCGCCUUUUCUGGCGGCGGGGAUCUCCUCACGCUCAGCCGUGCGAUCCAGGGCGACCUCUACGCGCGCUGGUACGGCUUCGCGCCGCCCACAUCAUGCACGCUCGUCCGCAUCCCCGAGCACCUCCGCAACGCGCAGUACCCGCGCUGCACCGUCCUCGCGGUCUGCCCCACGAUGCGGGUCCCGACGGACGUCAGCUGGCAUAAGGAUCUGGCGUAUAAUGUGGUGUGUACUCUGCUGUGCGAGCUGGAGCGUUGGAACGAGGGGGCGGGGGAGGAGGGGAGGAUUAGGAGGGUUGCGAUUCCGGGGCUGGCGACGGGUACGGGGAGGUACGAUCCGGAUAUGUGCGCGAGGCAGAUGGUGCUGGCUGUCAAGCACUUUCGGGAUGCGAGGAGUAAGGAGGGGAGGGAGAGGCUUGCGGAUAGGCGCUGGACCACGAACGCGUUCAAUAGGCUGGAAGAAGCGAUGCAGGUUGCGGGUGAUUGA